AGCGACAAGGACUAAAGAAGAAGAAGAGGAAGACAGACAGGAGCAGGAGGGCGCCCAAAGAACACGUCGAAACACCAUUACGUAAAGCUGUCAGGAGAAGAUAAGGAGCCAGGAGGACACAUUGGCGCCAGAAGAGUGGGAAAUCACGGGAAAAUAACUUGAUAAAGGAUCCUAAGCAGCGAAAUAAGGAUGCAGGCAUCGGGCAAGGCAACAUCCCUCGCCGGCAAGGUGGCCAUAAUUACAGGUAUGGUAGACAAAGUGCACCCUAUAAUCUUGUGGUGAUGCACCUGAGGCUGGGCUACAGGUGCCUCCUCAGGGAUUGGCGCAGUAACAGCCCAGCUCUUCUCCAAGCUCGGGGCAGUCCUGGCAAUCACAGGGAGGAAUAUGGAGAACUUGAAGGCCGUGGCUGACAAGUGUUCCAAGGAGAGUGAAAAGCAGCCACUGAUAAUACAAGCUGACCUGACGAAUGAGGGGGACACCAAGCGCAUCAUUGAGGAGACCAUCAAGCAGUACGGCAAGCUGGAUAUACUGGUGAACAACGCCGGAAUCCUGGAGACCGGCAGCAUCCUCAACACCUCCCUGGAGCAGUACGACCGCCUCAUGAACACCAACGUCAGGUCCAUCUACCACCUGACGAUGCUGGCGGCUCCUCACCUCAUCGAGACACAAGGAAACAUCGUCAACAUCUCCAGCGUCAACGGUCUGCGGGCAUUUGCUAAUGUCCUCGCCUACAACAUAUCAAAGUGUGCAGUUGACCAGUUCACGCGCUGUGUUGCUCUAGAACUUGCUGAAAAGAAAGUCAGAGUGAAUGCUGUCAAUCCUGGCGUGGUCAUCACUGAACUGCAAAAACGUGGAGGCCUUGGACCCGAGGCUUAUGCCGCUUUCCUGGAGCGCUCCAAGACCACACACGCCCUGGGACGUCCUGGUCAGCCUGAGGAAGUUGCAGCGGCCAUUGCUUUCUUGGCCUCUGAUGACGCUUCAUUCAUCACCGGUGCCUCGCUGCCAGUUGACGGUGGACGCCAUGCCAUGUGUCCGCGCUGAGCCUCUGAGGUAGGCCGUGCGACUGUGCUGUGAGAGGCUGGUGUGCUGCUGAUGAAACAGUUGUAAGCUUAAGUUGCUGGGCUAAUGAAGUUGUUACCUUUCCUUUCAUUUGUCUAAAAUCUCAUAUUAUCCUUCAAGUGUAUAUUUUAGUCUCUGAGAUGUCAUCUUACUAUGGCAAGAUCAGCUGUUGUGAAGCUGAUAAAGACAAAGUUUGAAGCUGAAGAAGCUGGGUUAGUUAAGUAAUUUGCUUCUUUCUUUUCUUUACAAUUUAAUAUUUUUUUACAAGGACAUAUAUUUUUGCCUCUGAAUUGUGGCAUGGUUAACAUAAUGGUCUACUGUUGCUGUUGGAAGCAUUCUAAGAUAAAAUGGUGGUUAGGUUAGUCAAGUAAUUUCUGUUCCUUUCUUUUGUCUCCUAAAAGCACAUCAUUUGUUUAUGUACAAUUUGAUAUUUUCUUACAAGGGCAUAUAGUUUUGCCUCUGAGAUGUGGCAUAUGGUCCAUUGUUGCCGGUGGAAAUAUUUUAAGAUCAAGUGCUUAAGUCAGUUAAGUUAAUAUCUGUGCCUUUAAUAUGUCUCCUAAAAGCACAUAAUUUUUGGCAUGAGCCGUUGGGCAGCUGAUGAAAAGAGUGGCCUAGUUAGUGAAGUACUUUCUUUUCCUUUGGUCUCCUUUAUGUUAAGUUUUUUCUUCCUGAGGGUAGUGUACUUAAUAUGGCGUGUUGUAAGGUGGCAGCAGAGGUUGUUUUUCUGUAUUGUAUUGGAAUAAAUUUGUGAAUAUA